CACUGUGAUGUAAAACCUCAGAACAUUUUAAUGGAUGAUUUCUGGAACGCUAAAAUCUCUGACUUUGGGCUAGCAAAAUUGUUGAUGCCUGAUCAAACGAGGACUUUCACUGGGAUCAGAGGGACAAGAGGAUACUUGGCCCCAGAAUGGGAAAAGAACACUCCAAUUUCUGUCAAGGCAGAUGUUUACAGUUAUGGAAUACUUUUGCUGGAAAUUAUAUGUUGCAGAAGGAACUUGGAAAUGAAUGUACCAACUAUAGAUGAGAUUGUUCUUUCAUGCUGGAUAUAUAAGUGCUUUGCUAGUAGACAGUUAUAUAAGCUUGGGGUUGGUGAAGAUGCAGAUAAAGAGACCUUGGAGAAAAUGGUUAAAGUGGGCUUAUGGUGUAUUCAAGAUGAGCCAGUUCUUCGUCCUUCAAUGAAGAGUGUUGUUUUAAUGUUAGAAGGGAUUACUGAUAUUGCUUCUCCUCCUUGUCCUACUUCUGCGUCCGUCUAAAACUGGACAGUUGAGGAAAUUCUUAGGGGCCUAGUCUUUGUUAUCUAUAUAUCUUUCAUCCAUGUAUGAUUGCAUAUCCGUAGUUCUAUUUACUUUUUGCUGUGAGAAAUUGGUGUAUCUAAUCAAGAUGUUGAAAAUAUAUUUUAG